GCCAUUCCCCGCCUCCUGGGAGCCGUGAGUGAAAAUGGCGAAUGUGUGUUUUGGGUUUCUAUACGUUGGUUAACGAAUAAAGCUAAAUGCAGCAGGUUCAACAGUUAGAUACCAGAUGGGGAUGGGUCGUUUACUGCUGGUGUAAUACGUUUGUGGCUUCAAGGCAAAGUUUGGACCGAUAAACACUUAAAGAGAAGAGCAAGGGUUCUGCUUGUGUCGAAAGGAGAUAACAACCACUUCAGCAUCUAACAAGACUUUCUCUUCAAGGACAUCUGAUAGCUGCAGUCUGCCACCUUCAAACAUGUCUGACUAUCUGACCCGAGCGUUCAGGGCCCAGCUGACCACAACUAUGGACGCAGUCUUGAGGAAAGCUGUGUUUGAAGUAAUGAAGAUUUUUGAAAACACUCUAUAUGACCAUCAAAUGGAGAUGGCACAGAAAGGAGAAGAGGUCGCUCAACUUAAAAUAAAGUUACAGACAGCAGAGCUAAGGCUGAAAGACCUUGAACUUGGAGGUGACAAAGGAGCAGAAACAAAAAAAACCCAGACAAAUCCGACGCCAAAAGACACCGACGUUGUUCAUGAUGCCUCAGCACAAACGUCUAAUGUUCCUGAGAUUGAUUUUGAAGUACCUGAUGACUGGUGUGCUCCUCUGGGCAGCGAGACCAAGCCACGUGUUGACAUUUGUCCCAGCGUAAGACUGCGCCGCUUGUCCAUUCCUGUGUCGCACAUUCCAAUCCGCAAGCAAGAGGUGAUUGACUUUGACAUCAACUCCUGUCAGAAGACCAACCAUGGCAGGAAAUCCAAGAGAAUUUCCACCUUAAAUGAGAAUCACAAACAGACUGAGGACAGAAAAUUACAAAGGCAUGGCAAAGGAGCUCGACGUACGCCAAUAAGGAGUGAUAUAAAAAUAUUGCUCAAAGACAUCCAACAGGAAUAUUCUGCUGUGGCAAAUUUUCAAAGUCUUAGAGAAGCGAGACAUCGUACAGGAAAAAAACAAGAUCAUACAAACAACAGCCAAAGAGAGCGAAAAAAAAGUACAGCAACUGAAUCCAAAUCCACAGAAGAAAAGACGGUGAAAAAUGAUGGGAAAAAUACGUACUCCUGCAAGAUCUGCAAGAAGACAUUCGAUACAGAAUUUGGCCUAAAUGUUCAUGCAAAUUCACACAGGAGAUGCCGAGGCUGCAAAAAAUCCUUCCCGUUACUCAGCGCUCUUAAAUGUCAUAAACCAGUCUGUAAAAAACUCAAGAGAUUGCUGGAAAAAGAAGCUGCCAGCACUCCAAAAAUCUCCUGUGACAAAGAAAAAACACCUGAACUGAGCAAAAAACAGAAUGUCAUUGAGAAAAAGUCCACACCUUCCUCUAGCAACCACAGUGAGUUACCCACCCAGGGAGAUGGAUCAACCAGCAGGUACAGCUGUACAUACUGCAACAAGAAGUUUAAUUUCCCCUACAAGCUCCAACAGCACAUGCGUAUUCAUACUGGUGAAAAGCCGUUUUCUUGCAGCAUGUGCCCAAAAGAAUUCCGCCUCAAGCAGUCACUAAAAUUGCAUAUGGAGAACCAUCACAAAGGCCAAACGAAUUCCAUUGAAACAAACGGAGACCUUGCAUGGAUGGAACCCUUAGAAAAGAAUGAUAAUAAUAGAGAGGAUCCAAAUUCUUCUAGCCAAGGCAAAAGUCAGGAAAUCAGCAACAAAGAUCAAAGUCAAAGCAGUACAAACAAAAAGUCAAGAUGGCAAACAAUGGGCCAGCGGCAUAAAAAUGGUUUCGUCUGCCUAGUGUGUCAGAAGUUUAUAACAAGCAAAACCAUACUGAUUGAACACUAUCGCAUCCACACAGGAGAGAAGCCCAUCAAAUGCGACAGGUGUUCUGCAAUGUUUCGUACUAAACCACAGAUGUACAUGCACAGAAAGAGAAAGUGUUGUUUUGCUGUGACACCGCUCAGUGUUGAGAAGUGUUAGAGAAGAUUCCCCACAGAAGCGACACUCGCUAAGCAUAUGUCUAAAUGUCAAAGGGAGUAGUGUAUCCUCAAGCGCUGCAUUAAUGAAACCAUAGCCUCAGGAACCACAGGGAGCGAGAGAGAUGGAAGCUCAAGUUGAACUGCUCUGUUGUUUUUUUUUUUUAAAAAACAUAUUUUGAUGAUUAAUUAUUAGAUUGCUACAUACAUAGCUCACUGACUCUUUCAAUACUGUAAAAGCAGUGAUAGAAAUCUGUCACUGUUGAUGUUCAGAGUAAAACCAGCAUUGUGUUGUCUUGAGCCCUCUCAGGAAAUUCGGUUUUCUGAAAAAGGUUUUUGUCUGUUUUUGGCUGAUUCAGUGUCAGUCAUACUGAUACAAAUGUUCUGCCAAUGCAAUAUUGCUUUAAACAGACAUACUCUUUACAGUAAUGAUCCAUAUCUGUCUGUGUUGUACAUACUAAAAAAGUAGCUACCUCAGUAAAGGCUGCACAACAUUUCUGCCUGUUCAAAAUCUGUUGUUUUGCAUUGUACAGUAUAUUGUUGAAUUGCUUGUCCUUGUUUUACUGAAAGUAAUGUCCAGUCAUCUUAACUUUUACAGCUUUGGAAUUAAUUAUUAGAUCACUGUGACCACCGUUGAAUGCUUUUUCCUUUGUGGUUCUUGGUGUUCUGUUUUCUAAGGUUGUAAUGGACAGCUGUUUUGCUGAUUCUAAGCCAGUUAGCAGUAGCUCUCUCGUUGUAUUUCUCUUUGUUAAGCAACAAGAUAACUUUCCUCAUGUCAUCUACUGUUGAUUUUGAAAGUUUUUGCUUCAAUACAUUGUGUUUUUAAACAUAAUUUAUUUGCCUGUAUUCAGUUAUGGCUUUUUUCAUGUCUUUUAGAAGCAUCUGUAAUUAUUAAACUGAUGUGAUAUAUACAAACACUUUAACGCUUUCAUCAAUUUUUUGAGCCUAUUGUGUAGACUUUGUAUAGAAAACAGGUGGUCUAAUAAUUUUUUCCAAAUCUGUGUAUGCGUCUACUCUUGGCCUUAAUCACAGCUGGUGCUUUUCGCUUUAUCUCAAAUUGUCUGGUGAUGUACUUGGUUGUGGAAUCAGGACUUUGGAAUCAGUUUUGUGAUGAUGACUGUUGGACAUAAUGGAAUUUAAUUAUUCUUUUAAAUUCUUUCAUGUUUCUUGAUGGAUAUCUGAAAACACAGUUGAAGAUUUCUUGUAGUCAAAGUUAUGUUGUUUUCUUUGAUGCCUGAACAUAUUCCACUGUGUCCAAAUCAAACCAGUUGUGGUGUUGCCAGAGUAAAGCAUUGUCAACAUUGAAUAAAGUCCAUAUUUUACA